UGCUGUUAGAAAUAUACUAUGAUUGUCUUCUCUCCAUUUCUAUCUUUUUUUUUCUAUUUUAUUUAGAAAGGUCAUAACUUGUUUUAUGAAAUGCUGAAGCUGUGAGUAUUAGCCAAAAAGUUGGAGCUACUGGAAAUGAAGUAAUUACAGAAUUUGUUUCGCAAUUUCUUCUGAGCUCCUGUAAGAUUCGAAAGAGCUUCAGCAACCUUUUGAUUCUUUUUAUUCUCUGUGGAUACUCAACCAAGGAAGUUUUAUAUCCAGUACUGAUCGUUGUCCGUCAUUCACUUGACAAUGUCUUUGCGUAGACCUCCCCUUCCUCGACUUCUGCUGAACAAUGUGUCUUGCAUGAGAAAUGCUCAACAAAUACUGCGCAAUGUAAAUGUUUCCCUCCAUGAUGGUGGUGCACUUGUACUAACGGGCACUAAUGGCUCUGGUAAAUCGACAUUCUUGCGCAUGUUAGCUGGUUUCUCGAAACCAUCAGCUGGUGAGAUACUCUGGAAUGGUCAUGAUAUCACUGAUUCAGGUGUUUUUCAACAGUACAAACUUCAGCUCAACUGGCUCUCUCUUAAGGACGCUAUCAAAGAGAAGUUCACAGUCCUUGAUAAUGUUCAAUGGUUCGAAGUUCUUGAAGGCAAGCAAGGAAGAUCUCUGCCAGCUUUGCAGCUUAUGGGGCUUGGAAGAUUAGUAAACGAUAAAGCACGAAUGCUUUCUAUGGGUCAAAGGAAAAGGGUACAACUGGCCAGAUUGUUGGCAAUUGAUCGGCCUAUUUGGUUGCUUGAUGAACCUUCGGUAGCAUUGGAUGAUGAAGGUGUGAAAUUGCUCGAGUACAUUAUUGCAGAGCACAGAAAAAAGGGUGGUAUUGUCAUUGUCGCCACCCAUCUGCCUAUUCAGAUUGAGGAUGCAAUGUUUUUAAGGUUGCCGCCAAGGUUCCCAAGAAGGAUGACUUUGGUAGACAUGCUUGAUCGAGGUGGCCUGGACUGAUCUUUCUGAAAAUAUAAUCCAAGUGUAAAGAGACUGUGUGAUGAAUUUAAAAGGGAGCAUGCAAUUAGAGAAACUACAGAAGUGUGUGUUGUGCCAAAUUUUCUUGUGGUGGCAUCAGAAUUUGCACUUCAUUUCAUUCUUGAUGGUUGCAAGAACUGCUUCAAAAUUUAUGUAUUUAGAAUAUCUAGGUACAAGAGGUAACGGGUUCGAGCCGUGGAAGCCUCUUGCAGAAAUGUAGGAUAAAGUUGCGUACAAGCCCUUCCCUGGACCCCGCGCAUAGCGGGAGCUUAAUGGAUCGGGCUGCCUUUUUUUUUUUUUUUUU